UUGGUAUUCUGUGCAAUUUAUGUAAACUUUACUAAAUUGUUAGUUGUAAAAAGUAAACAAAAAGGAAUGCCCUAUGUAAAUAAAUAAAAAAAAUAUUUAAAAAUUAAAAUUAAAGAAAAAAAAACGAGCAAAUUUGAUUAAAAAUGGCUCAUACAGAGUUUUUGGAUGAGCUUGUUAAAGAAUAUUUAUUAUUUAGAGGAUUUUCUAAUAGUUUGAAAACAAUGAUAAAUGAACAAAAAAAUGACAAAGAGAAAUCUCAAAGAGCAGAUAAAAUUAUAGAAAUUCUUUCUCAGUGCAUCAAUAGUUCUGAUCUGAAUGGGCUAGUCCAAUUUUGGAUUAAAUUAGAUACAGUUUUAUAUAGCAAGCUUGAACAUAUUUACAUUUCGGCUGUAAAAAAAUUGGAAAAUGGUUUAUUAAAGAUUUAUUUAAUAACGGCUUACAACAAUAACAGAAAUGAAAAAAUUUCUGAAUUUUUUGUUAACCUGAAAAGUGAUUUAUCUUCGCAAAAUGACUGGAAAGACUGGUUUUAUUUUCCGUUUUGUAAAAAUCCUGAAGAAAUAGCUACUUUUUCCAUUUACUUUUCAAAACAAUGGCAGGAUACAUAUUGGUUAUCUCUAAGAAAUUUUUUGACAACAAUAUUUCAAUGCAUGCCAGUACCAACUUUAGGUCGAUUAAAACCGGUGGAUUCGCAAGAAAUUUUAAAAAGAAACCAAGAUCAAACUAUAAACAAGAAUAUAAACAGUAAACAAAUGCCGAAAAUAUCAAACGCAAAUCAUUGUUGUUUAAGCGAAAUACAGCCGUUUGAUAUAAGUCCUCCGGGUCCAAUUGUUGAUGAUUUUUACAUCAUUGCUGCAGAAAGUGAGAAUUCGUCAAAUUUAGCAGAUCAGCAGUCCAAAGGAAUAAAAUCAUUUAUUAAAACCAUUAGUUCUAGUAGCCCGGUAUUUGGGCGAAAAGAUUGAUAUUUUAAAGACCAUGACGUGUAUAAAUCUAUAAAAUACUAUAUAAUAACAUGUCUUUUGUGGUAAAUUAAUUUGAUUAAUUGUUAUUAUUAAAAAACUGAAAUCUAAAAUAAAAAAUUUAAAAAAGAGUUUGAA